GCCUGAAAAACGGUUGGCUGCACUGAACAUCGUUGAUAAAAAUACGAAAUUAGCUGUCUUGUACGACAUUAUUUACUACUCGUGCAUGUCAGUGGCUACUACAUACCACACCGGUUUCUGUGAUUUUUAAUAACUCACUUGCAAGCCAACUAAUCAACCUAUCACUUCGGCUAAUAUAUGAAUGCAUUUAGCUUGAGCUCCUGGCAUGAGCCCUGUGCUGUCAUUCCAACAAAAUGAAAACAUAUUGAUAGCUAACGUAGGUUGAAUUAUCGAUAGAAAUAUUAUGAUACGGCUAGUUAGCUAACUGACCAGCUGUCUACUUUGCUCGGUAUGUAUAGUUAAAUUGUGCCGUCGUGUUUGCCCGACGUUUUACCGUCAUUUUACUAACAAGCUAGCUCGUUUAUAUAGCACUAGUCUAGUAGCUGCAUGUCGUUUAGUUCAAAAUACUGAGAACAUUAAGUUAGACGAGGGGUGUCCAGUCUUAUCCGAAAAGGGCCGAUAUAGGUGCAGGAUUUUGUUUUAGCACAGUAUUACGACGCCCGAUUCAACUAACGACGUUAGGCUAAGUAACUAGUCUAACAUGAACUUGUGAAUCAAGUCGAACUUGAUAAAUAGAAUCAGAUGUCUUAGUACUGGGCAAAAACAAAAACCCGCACCCACAUCGGCUUUUUUCGCAUAAGAUCGGACGCCCUGGUUUAGCCAAAUCUCCGAGGUCGACAGCUGGCUAGAAUAAUUUAGCGUUUUUGUAUAACGAGAGUCGUUGAUUGUUUGGUAGUUAAACGUGUUUUCUCUUCCAUCUGCUUAGCUAAACCACACGUAUUUUUACGAGAGUGUUUUUAACACUAACUAGCUUGUAACCUAAUACCCAUUGAACACAAGGCUUGUUUACUGUACAUGUGGGACAAUUGGAAGAAUGAAGAGAGCUACGCUACGGAUAAAACCACGUGACUUCUGACGAUACUGAAAUCCGAGGGCUACUGCAUAUUCAUGAUGUUACUCAUAUAAAAGAUGCUUGUAUUUUUCCUAAAAUUUUCUUCUGAUACUCUGCCUGUGGUUUGAACAUUGUUUAAAUACAGUGAGCACCAUAAUUCAUUGGACAGUGACACAUCUUUUGUUAUUUUGGUUCUGUACUCUAGCACCUUUGAAAGGGUACAAUGACAAUGAGGCUAAAGUGCAGACUGUCAGCUUUAAUUUGAGGGUAUUUUCAUCCAUAUCGGAUGAACCGUUUAGAAAUGACAGCACCUUUUGUACACGGUCCCCCCAUUUUAAGGUACUACAAGUAUUUGUUGAAUUGACUUCACAGAUGUGUUUCGUUAGGCAGGUGUAUUCAUUUGUGUCGUUAGUGAAUGCAGAAGAGAGCUGUUUGUCUAGUCUUGAUUCUAGACUUUGCAAUUGCCUUUAGAGAUUGUUGUUGGGGUGUGACAACAUGAGGAAGACAGCAGUGUCGAUGCAAAUUAAGCUGGCCGUCAUAAGGCUCAGAAAUGAAAAUCAAUCAAUCAGGAACAUUGCAAAAACCCUGGGAAUGCCCAAGUCAACAAUUUGGUUCAUCAUUAACAAGAAAAAAACUGGUGAACUCAAUUAUUUCAAAAGACCCAGUAGACCAAGGAAGACCACUGUAGUGGAUGACCGGGGAAUGCUCUCUAUAGUGAAGAAAACCCCCCCUGACAACAGCCCAACAAAUCAAAAACUGUCCUGGAUGCAGGUGUAGAUGUGUCAAAGUCUACCAUACAUAGAAGACUACACCAGCAGGACUACAGAGGGUACCCUACAAGAUGCAAACCACUGAUAAGCCUGAAGAACAGAAAGGCAAGAUUACAGUUUGCUAAAAAGCACUAAAAAGAGCCCCAAGAGUUCUGGAACAAAGUCUUGUGGACAGAUGAGACAAAGAUUACAUGUACCAGAGUGAUGGAAAGAGGAAAGUGUGGAGAAAAAAAGGAAAUGCCCAUGAUCCAAAGCAUACCACCUCAUCCGUGAAACAUGGUGGAGGGGGUGUUAUGACUUGGGCCUGUAUGGCUGCCAGUGGAACGGGCUCACUUGUCUUCAUCGAUGAUGUGACUGCAGACAGAAGUAGAACAAUGAAUUCUGAAGUCUACAGAAAUAUUUUAUCUGCUCAGAUGAAACCAAAUGCUUCCAAACUCAUUGGACGGCACUUCUUCAUGCAACAAGACAAUGACCCGAAACAUACUGCUAGAGCAACAAAGGGGUUUUUGACGGCCAAAAAAGUGGAAAAUUCUUGACUGGUCGAGUCAAUCACCGGAUCUGAAUCCAGUUGAACAUGCAUUUUACAUGCAAGAUGAGACUGAAGGCAAAAAGUCCCCGAAACAAGUAAGAACUGAAGAUGGCUGCAGUACAGGCCUGUCAGAGCAUCACCAGGGAAGAUACCCUGUGUCUGGUGAUGUCUACGCCUCACAGACUUCAAGCAGUCAUUGCAUGCAAAGGAUAUGCAACCAAAUAUUAAAAAUGAUUACUUUAUUCUACAUUAUGUUAAACUGUCCAAUAUUUUUUGAUGCCCGAAAAUGGGGGGGACUAUGUAGAAAAGGUUCUAUAAUUUCUAAACGGUUCAUCCGAUAUGUAUGAAAAUACCCUCAAAUUAAAGCUGACAGUCUGCACGUCAACCUCAUUGUCAUCGUAUCAUUUCAAACUCAAAGUGCUAGAGUAUAGAACCAAAAUAACAAAAAAUGUGUCACUGUCCAAUGAAUUAUGGUGCUCACUGUAUAUCGACCAAGAUUGUAAUGGCCAAAUUGAGGAUAACCUAUAAAUCUCUACCAAAAAUACUGCAUGGGAAUUGAGAUGUAUUGCAUUUACUUGAAUUGUUGUUUGAGAUGGCUACUGCAAAAUUUGUAAGACAUUUUACUGCAAUUUGUUGUGAAUUUGUAUCAAUCAGUAUUGAUCUGUAUCUGUCUUUAUAUAAGAAGGUGGUGAAGUUUUACACUGGAGAACUUUGUUUUAUUUGAUCAGCUGCAGUGUAGUCAUUCAUAAGAGUAUUGUGAACAUUGGAGAGAAAACGGCUAAAAAUGAGUAAAAUUGCUUGAGGCUGUGUUGCUUGAGGCAUGGUUUGGGGGAUAUUAAGUUUAUUUCACGCUAUAGUAGGUCUUUUGAAAGAUAACUGAUUUACACCACCAGUGUGAUGUAUUGACCCUGGCUUAUUCUCAUAUGGGCUAGGGGAGUGCCCCUCUAUGAUGUGAUCUGUGUGGAUUCAUGCCUUAACCAUCACAGUUCAGAAAAGCUGUGUGUGUUAAAAGGGAUGCAGUUCUUCCACAGACUAGAAGUUCUCGAACUUUCUGAUCAUAUGACCCACUUAUUGGGUAGAAAUCAAUGAUUGCCAUGUUAUUAAAAUAAACAUGUUGUUAUAUGGUAUUAAAGUGAUUUUGAUGUAUGGUAACACAACUGCGUGUACUCUAAUAGUUCAGUGCAGUGUUUAAUUUGACUGGUGUGAAGGUCAAUAGGAAGUGUGCUACUGUAUAUACAUUUAUAUCCAGUAAGUUACUUUUGCCCUGUGUAUCUUUUGACCCAUUCACUGUUUCCCAUACAAUAAAUGUAUCCAAAAUAGACCCACCCCUGCCCUAAAAGAUUUUUACCAUGGUGCGCAGGCAGGACUGCCGCUGUGGGCUAUGCAUGGCAAAUUGUGGUCACUCACUCACUCACUCAUGGACGACCUUUGAGGGACGUUUUGUGGGACGCAUGCGCAGGUGGUGCUUCGUUUAGUAGGACGUUUAGUAGGACGCAUGCGCAGGUGGUACGGCACAACAUUUUAAAGCACAGCUUUAUCGCCUAACGUUACUUUAGCUAAUCCUAACAUGUUUGCGUUUCGCCUACUUUAGUUAACCUACUUAGUGCGUACGGACUGCCUACUUUAGUUAACCUAGUUAGCGCGUACGGAUGCUAUCCUACACGCAUGAGUAGGAGCUAAGGACACACAGCUACAACCACCGAUACAGAUGUAUGGACACACGGAGGACCACAAAUAACGUUACAGAGGCAAAAGCAACGACUAUAAAAGAAGCUCUUGUAAAAUGGGAGGAGAAGAGUGGCGAGAAAGUGGGAGAGGCGAAGGCGGUGAAGCUCUACGCUCAGACACCCCCCAUUGAGAAAAUGGACGCCUCCCUGUCCACCCUCACCAGCUGCGAGAAACUGUCACUGUCUACAAACUGUAUAGAGAAAAUUGCCAACCUGAAUGGUUUGAAAAAUUUAAGAAUACUAUCAUUAGGACGCAACAACAUAAAGAACCUGAACGGACUGGAAGCGGUGGGCGACACACUGGAGGAGCUGUGGAUCUCCUACAACCUGAUCGAAAAGCUGAAGGGAAUUCACGUCAUGAAGAGGCUCCGGGUCCUGUACAUGUCCAACAACCUUGUGAAGGAGUGGGGGGAGUUCCAGAAGCUGGCGGACCUCCCGGCGCUGGUGGACCUGGUGUUCGUGGGAAACCCGCUAGAAGAGAAGUACUCCACCGACGGCAACUGGACAGAGGAGGCCACCAAAAGACUCCCCAAACUGAAGAAGCUGGACGGUAACCCCGUGAUCAAACACGACGAGGAUGAAGGAGAAGGAGAAAGUUAACGCAUUCCAUUUUACGUUUUAUUACUGUUUACAAAAAUAUUUUUAAAUCUGUGGUUUUAAAUGGGUCAGGCACCAGCAGUUUGAAAAAACACUCCGUAGUUUUUUAUUGUUUUUUUUCCUUACAGAUUUUGACAUUUAUAAGCUCAGCUCUCUGACCCAGAAGUCUGACUUAAGCUCUACACAAGAGAUACAGUGGUUUUCUACAACUGUGAAUCAUGCCAUGUAUCACAAAGGCCGUUGCGUAUUUGAACAGAAUUAACUGCACAACAAGAUUAAGAAAUAAUUUAAAAUACUGAAUAUUUAUGAAGUCAAAUAUCUGCAAACAAUUAAUAUACUAGGCAUCAUUGAAAUUAUGUUGCUACAGAGAAUUGUUUUUUUUAGAAUAUACGCAAACAGUUAAGCAAAAUCAAUCAAAUCAAAACGCACAAUGUCAAACUGUACGUAUUUAAAAAAGAAAUAGGUUUAUAAUCAGUGUAUGAAGAGGAUUUCUAUGAUUCAUUUAAUCAGUUUUCUUGGUAAAGGAUAAUGCUGUAAACACUGGAAAAACAACAUAAUGAUUGGUUAUAUCAAUAUGGUCUAUAUUAUGACACGUUUAUGUGAAAAGUAGUGAUCAUUCAUCGAAAUACAAAAAUAAUCAGAGUGCAUUCACAGACUGGUGCUCUCUAAAAUCAUUUAUAUGAAAUCUUUUAAUAGACUGACAAUAGGCAGCUUUUCCAAAUAUAAUUACCCGACAACUUGCUAAUAGUUGCAAAAAAUCAAAGCUUUUGUAGUUGCGAGUUAAUCAUAAUAUGAUUAUUUCAAACUGUUCUGAGCCGUUGUAAAGUAAGUUCUGAAAAGAGUUCUGAACUGCUGUGAUGCUGAUAUAAUUUGUUUUGUAGCAAACAAACGAAAAUAUCUGUGGAAGCAGGCGGUGAGACAUUGGUCCUUAGAAAUGAAUUUUCUCUCCUGGCACCCUGAACCAAGAGAGCAUUGUGGGUCACGGGAGUCAGCUCUUUUGCUUCUCAGUCUUUUUCAGGACAAGCGAUUAAAACGAGUAAUGAAGUUGCAGAACUGAGAGAUGGAAGCACUUUAUGAAUACACUGCAGUAUUCCGGUGUAUUUCAUACCAUUCCGCACACACAUUCUGUGGUAAUUAUUUGAAAAUUGAAAUGAAAUGGAGUGAUUUCUGUUAGAUAUUGCUCCAGUGACUUCCUGUAUAUUAGUUAUGUUGUUAUUACGGUUUGCUUUAUUUUAAUUUAUUAUUAUUCUCUUCGUUUUGGGUACGUACAGUUCUAUUAACCAGUAUCUUCUGUUCUGAAGAUGGCGGUUUUCUUUCUAAUUCCCUUUUCCCCUUUCCUCUGAUGAAUUGAGUACGGAAUAAUGAAUGAUGUAUGAUUUUUAUUGAUUUCUGCAACUUGUUUGCAUUUCUUGAGAAAGUCUGGUAUCUCUUGACUUGAGUCACAUGGUUUUAUAUCUUUACUGUAUAUAUUAGAUAUAUUAUCUCUCCAAUUAAGAACAAACAACACUCAAAAUAGAUGAAGUGUGCCAUUAUGUGCUAAAAAGUCAUUUCUGUUCAAGUACUACACACUGGAAAAAAUAUAAUGAAGUAAAAAUUCAAAUACGCAUGGGUCAUUUAAACCUUGAUGCACUAUUGGUGUAAUUAUUUUUAUAUUUAAUGAAUUUGUCUGCUGAAAUUUGUAUGUAUGAUAUACAUAUUUAAGAAGGAUCAGCAGACAGCAGAUCUGUCACAGAGCUGGGCAUACUUGUAUACCAAAAUAGUACUUUUUCUACAGAAUGGCCCUCACCAUGGUGGUAAUGUUAAUAGGAUUUCUUGAAAAGCACAUUGGUGGUACUGCUUAAAAGUAAUAGCUUAUUUAAUGAGAAAAAACUAGGCAGUAAAAUAUCUGCUUGACCAAUCAGAUUAUUAUUAUUAUUAUUAUUGUUGUUGUUAUUAUUGUGCAGCUGCAUUCCAUUGGGUAGGUUUCAGACUUCAGGUACUCACUCCAGAUUCAGUAUGGUAGGGCACACUUGCACCCCUCUCUCUUACCGUGGUGCUGUUUUCUGAGGGGGAAAAUGCACACUUAGCGUUGAUGUAGCAUGAAUCACCGGAUGACCUCUAAAAAGCUGGGAUUCCGUGAUUUACUCGGGCGAGGCACCGAUGAGGUCGCAGCGUUCACAGCGAAGCACACUGGCACAAGUCUAUCUCCAAAUUGUAUCAUGUGAAUUAUGCAUUAGGUCAGCCCGCCACUCAAAUCCCUUUCACAGUGAAUUUGUCAAAUGUCAAAUCCAUUGUCGGCAUUCUGUCAACCACUCAAUCGAACAUAAUUAACUGAGAAUGGGUCUGGGGCAAGAACUUGCAUUAACCAUGUUGCCCCCGAACCAAGCUUAGGAAGCACCGAGUUCUACUGUAUUCUAAUAGACUUGCUUGAUGACAUUUGCAUAUCUAAUGUGGUUUUUGCUAUUAUAAAUUUUAAACGAAGGGUAUCUUCCUCUAUCGUGCAAGAAAUUGGCCUGUGACUACUGGAGACUGUGCCUAAGUGGAGCAGUUAAUUGCGUGAAACAGAGCACAUUUAUUGGAUCAUAAUUGGAGAGGCAGAGUACAGUGUAUGCAGCUGGGUGUCAGCUGAUCUUCAGGUUUGACCUCCAAUUGCGUUUCACAGUAACGACGGCUCUCAGUGACCUCCUCCUGGCACCCUAUUUGCUGUUGCUGUCUAAAUUUUCUGAAGUUCUGUAUUAGCCUAACAUUGUACAUUGCAGCUGCCAAUUCUGUGGUACGGGGAUCACUGCCCUUCGUAGGUUUACCCUCUUGCUCUGGACUAGUACCCACUGGCUGCAUUCUUGUUGCAAUCGAAUUGUGUCUCAGUCUCAUGCCAGUGUCUGUAAGGUUUUGGCCUGUCUGAACCUGGAGGCUGACCUGGUUUUUGUUUUUGGCUACUAAAGUUCUAGGGGAGCAACAGCUCAAUCCAAAAUCCCCGAUCUUCAGUAAUUGGAGUGACUUAGUAAAAUGUAAACAAAAAACAACUAAAUAAAAUAAAAAACCACCAUAAUUUUCUUUUCAUUUUUAAAUUGGUCAUUGCCAAAAUAAAGGAACACCAAAAACAGUAUUGCUGUCUAUAAAGUUUUCAAUGGACUGUAUUUUAUCAAACAGACUGCUCACGGUUUAGAUUGACAUUUGAAGUCAACUGAUUCAGGGUUGCUCAUCGGUUUUAAUUUGCAUCUUGAACCAAUGCACAGACAACAUGUUUGAGGAGUAUGCGGUUUUUGACUACAGUUGCUGCUAGCUGAUGAUGUCUUUACCUCAUAUUUCCAUGCCAACAUCACUUUUCAGCUGUUCCUUGUGAAAUGUGCAGUCUUGGUCACUGACACACCGGCCAAAUGUGCCUGAACAACCACUGAGAUCUCUUCCUCUAGCCAUGGUAGCAAAGGCAACUACAGAAUUCUACAGUAUAAACAACUGUGAGCAUACUGGGAUGUUAUUUGCUUAAUUAACUCAGGAACCACGUCUGUGUGGGAACACCUACUUUCAAUAUACUUUGUAUUCCACAUUUCCUCUAGUGUUCUCUUCGUUUUGGCAGUUUCCUGUACAUAAUUGCCCUGAAAAUAAAUAAAAAUAA